UGUGAGCUCAUUCAGACUCUCUCUGACAGGCAGCGUGGAAAGAUGGUGCUCGACUUGGACCUGUUUCGUACCGACAAAGGUGGCGAUCCAGAAAUCGUCCGUGAGACUCAAAGGAAGAGGUUUAAAGAUGUGACACUCGUUGAUAAACUGGUCGCCGCAGAUACAGAGUGGAGAAAAUGCCGCUUCACUGCAGACAACCUGAACAAAGCAAAGAACCUCUGCAGCAAGAGCAUUGGGGAGAAAAUGAAGAAGAAGGAACCAGUUGGGGAAGAUGACUCGUUGCCCGAAGAAGCACAGAACCUGGAGUCCCUAACAGCUGAAAUGCUAUCGGCCCUGACGGUAACCCAGAUCAAGAAGGUACGUGUAUUGGUGGACGAGGCUGUGGAGAAAACUGACAGUGAGAGGAUAAAGCUGGAGGCAGAGCGCUUUGAGUACCUGAGGGAGAUCGGCAACCUUCUGCAUCCAUCUGUACCCAUCAGCAAUGAUGAGGAUGAAGACAACAAGGUGGAGCGUACCUGGGGUGACUGCACUGUGCAGAAGAAGUACUCCCAUGUUGACCUGGUAGUCAUGAUUGAUGGCUUUGAUGGAGAGAGGGGAGCUAUUGUAGCUGGGAGCAGAGGUUACUUUCUGAAGGGACCAUUGGUGUUCCUGGAGCAGGCUCUGAUCAGUUACGCCUUAAGGAUCCUCCACAGCAAGAAUUAUACCAUGCUCUACACACCCUUCUUCAUGAGAAAGGAGGUCAUGCAGGAAGUCGCCCAACUGAGCCAGUUUGACGAAGAGCUUUAUAAGGUCAUCGGUAAGAGCAGUGAGAAGUCAGAUGACAACUCCAUAGAUGAGAAGUACCUCAUCGCCACCUCUGAGCAGCCCAUCGCAGCCUUCCUGAGGGAAGAGUGGCUCAAACCCGAGGACCUGCCCAUCCGCUAUGCUGGCCUCUCCACCUGCUUCAGACAGGAAGUGGGCUCCCAUGGCCGAGACACCCGCGGGAUCUUCAGGGUGCACCAGUUUGAAAAGAUUGAGCAGUUUGUCUAUGCCUCUCCACAUGAUGGCAAGUCCUGGGAGAUGUUUGAUGAGAUGAUAGGGACGGCAGAAGAGUUCUACCAGUCACUAGGAAUUCCUUACCGCAUCGUCAACAUUGUCUCUGGUGCCCUGAAUCAUGCAGCAAGUAAGAAGCUGGAUCUGGAGGCCUGGUUCCCUGCCUCAGGCGCUUUCAGAGAGCUGGUCUCCUGCUCAAACUGCACUGACUACCAGGCCAGGCGCCUCCGCAUCCGCUACGGACAGACCAAAAAGAUGAUGGACAAGGCAGAGUUUGUGCACAUGCUGAAUGCUACCAUGUGUGCCACCACACGUGUGAUGUGUGCCAUCCUGGAGAAUUACCAAACCGAAGAAGGCAUCAUUAUUCCAGAGAAGCUCAGGGAGUUCAUGCCUCCUGGUUUGACUGAGAUCAUUAAGUUUGUCAAGCCCGCUCCUAUUGAUCAGGAGAUGUCUAAAAAAGCAAAGAAACAGCAGGAAGGAGGGAAGAAGAAGAAGCAGGGAGGAGGAGACCAGAACCUACCUAACUCCAUGGAGAACAUGUCCGUCAAUGACUCAUAGACUGCAGUACACGAUGACAGUGUCGCUUCAUCAACCUGACAGACAGAAACUGAUGGACUAGAGCCUCAUGUAUAAUGAUCCAAAGUCAAACUUAAAUGGUUAAAAUUGAGAAAAUGGAGACAAAAAUCUCUCAAGCUGGCACUUAAUGUUAUCCUUACCUUAUAGUGAAGGCCUCGCUCUGUCCCAUCUGUGUCUGUCUAAAAGGUUGGUGUUCAUUCAUCUCAGUUGUUUGUCCCCUCAUUGACAUUAAGCACACUGAAAAAGGGAUCCCUCUGUGCUCCUACCCAUCCACAGUCCUCUUCAGAGUCCACUGACCACCUGUCUGUCUGACACUUUCUCACAUCUGCAGCAACACUGAGUCUAAAUCAAACAGAUAAGACCACUUGAGCUGUCUGAGGUUCACCAGUGACAUGUCUGGCUCUAUUUCCACAGCAGUUAGUAGUUUUUGUGACUGGGCUGUAGUGCAGAUGAAUCACUGGUCAUAUACAAGUACAUGUUUGUUUCUAGCAGUUUUGGGAUCUGUCAUUAAUAUUGAAAAGAAUGGUUUCCAAAUGUCUGGUGGUUUAUACAACUGAUCAGUUACUGUCUGGAAUCUUUAUUCAUUGACAAAAACCUACACCUCUUCUGUGAUUACUUCAUGUCUGAAAUGGCUUUAACAUUAAUACAAAAAUGUAAAAUUCUGUCUCGUGAAAAAGAUCAGGUAUUUUAACUGUCUGUUUAAGGCUUCCUCUCAUGUUGUCUCUGACCACAAUCAUCAUCUUCUACUAUUGUUGCUUGAUGUCAUUGUUGACCAUAAUGCUGUUAACUAGCUUAUGAUUGAGACAUUGACAUUGUAUUUACUUGCUGAUAUAAAGAUAUAUAUAAAUAUAUGAUUGAGCAUUGAUAAAGUGGCACUCACUAAACAAAUAAAUACAGUUGAUAUGGAA